AGAGCCAUGAUCACCACCACUCUCUCUCUCUCUCUCACACGUGCUGCCUCCUUUUCCACGCCGCUCCUAACUCUCUUCACAGUUGGCCCCAACACACACUCACACCAAACCUCAGAUAUCCAAAUUUCAAAUACUAUCAAAUUCCCAAAUUCGCCAAACCCUAACAAAUCUAACAUAACAUAACAUCACAUCACAAUCAUCACGCACCAAAGCGCUUCACUGUAAUUAGCUACCUACUUUCGUAAAUGGGGGCGGUCACGUCAUCGAUGGCGGCCAAGUUCGCGUUCUUUCCGCCGAAUCCGCCGUCGUAUGAGGUGGUGGUGGAGGAGUCGACGGGGAAGGCGACGAUGAGCGGAGUGUCGGCCAGGGAAAACGUCGAUGUUUUGAAGCUCAUGACGCGGAGAGGGAACAGCAUCGUCGCCGUUUACAUAAGGAACCCUUCCGCCGCACUUACGCUCCUUUACUCUCACGGCAACGCCGCCGAUCUCGGCCAGAUGUACGACCUCUUUUGCGAGCUCAGCCUCCACCUCCGGGUCAACCUCUUGGGUUAUGAUUAUUCUGGAUAUGGCCAGUCAUCUGGGAAGCCCAGUGAGCAGAACACUUAUGCAGAUAUAGAAGCUGCUUAUAAGUGCCUGAUUGAGAACUAUGGAGCAAAAGAGGAAGAUAUUAUCCUGUAUGGGCAAUCUGUUGGUAGCGGACCUACCACCGAUUUGGCUACCCGUUUACCAAACCUUAGGGCUGUUAUUCUCCACAGUCCAAUAUUAUCUGGCCUUCGAGUCAUGUAUCCUGUGAAGCGGACAUACUGGUUUGACAUUUAUAAGAACAUUGACAAAAUUCCCUUGGUAAAUUGUCCAGUUUUGGUCAUUCAUGGAACUGCUGAUGAUGUAGUGGAUUGCUCCCAUGGGAAGCAACUUUGGGAACAUUGUAAACAAAAAUAUGAACCCUUGUGGGUUAAGGGAGGAAACCAUUGUGACCUGGAACUUUACCCUCAAUACAUAAAGCAUCUCAAGAAAUUCAUUGCAGCUAUUGAGAAGUCAUCGCGACAAAACUCUGGAUUGGGAUCUAUAUCAGAUCAACUAGAUAAACCUCGGACCAGCACAGAUUUUAGGGAGAAACCUAGAUCCAGCAUGGAUCAAAGGGAGAAUUCUAGACGCAGUGUUGACUUCAAAGAAAAGCCUAGGGCAAGCACAGACCAUAAAGAGAGGUCAAGAACUGCAGAUAAGAGUGUAAUGGAGCUGAGUUGCCUGAGAAAGCUAGGAAUAGCAUUGACCGUUUCGGAGAGAUGGUGAGAUCAGUUGGAUUGUGCAAUAUUGAUUGUUUCAGGCCCACGGCAACUCAUGCAUAAAAGAUGGUGAUAAAGCUUACACAUUGAGGUUGUAAUUUUCUCAUUAAUUAUUUUAUUGGUUGAAGGGUAUGUAUUGAUGGGAAAAUGUUCCAUAAUGUCCAAUUUAUUUUUCUAAUGAAAUAGAUCAGAAAAGAAAAGAAAAAAAAAGGUAACUUAGCCAAGUAGAUAUUGUGCCACUAAGUCUUCCUUCUAGUUCAUAAUCUAACACCUCUGUUUUUGGCAUUCUACCAUGGACCUAAACGUAGUGAAUUGUAUUCUUUGGUGUUGAUGAAUGAUGAAGCUAUAUAGAACAACGCUUCCCUCGUACAAAAGUGUAAUUUUUUUAAAUAAUAUUUGCUUGUUCGGCUUUUGCAUA